GAACUGCACCUGGAAGAUGCGUCCAGUGUCUGCCGGUGCAUUCAAGGCUAUGUUCUUCGUCUUUGCCUCCAUGUGCGCCUGGUACUCAGGGUACCUGCUCGCAGAGCUCAUUCCUGCCGUGACUCUGUCCAGUGCCGUCUACAGCCUCCGGAGCGUCGGUGAGAAGCCCAUUCUCAGGGCGCCAGACCCCAAAAGGCAAAAGUGUGACCACUGGGCCUCAUGUCCCCCCAACACCUAUGCCUAUCGCUUGCUCAGUGGUGGGGGCAAAGACAAGUAUGCCAAGAUCUGCUUUGAAGAUGAGCUGCUUCUAGGUAGAAGGUAUGGGAAUGUUGGAAGAGGAAUAAACAUUGCCAUCAUCAACUAUGUGACGGGGAAGGUGAUGGCGACCCAGCAUUUUGAUAUGUAUGGAGAUGAUGGCUCUGGACCAAUGAUGGAGUUCAUUCAGAGAGCAUCUCCCAAAUCCUUACUGCUCAUGGUGACCCAGGAUGACGGGAGCACUAAACUUCAGGCCAAGGCCAAGGAUGCCAUUGAAGCCCUCGGGAGCAAGGAGAUCAGGAACCUGCGCUUCCGGUCCAGCUGGGUGUUCCUUGCACCCAUAGGCUUUGAGCUCCCUCCAGGAAUUCAGAGGGAGAAGAUCAACCACUCUGAUAAUUCGAAGAAUAGAUAUUCUGGCUGGCCGGCAGAGGUCCAGAUCGAAGGCUGCAUACCAAAAGAACUAAGCUAA